AAUAUUAAUAUUAACGAUUUUAUGUAAAAUAGCUAUGCGGAAUCAACAGUUUUAAAUCGACUUGCGUUGCAGUGGAAAACAGACGGUUUGAUGUGGAUGAGUCACACUAAUAAACUGCAGUACUGCUACGAUGAAGAGUUGUCCAAACAUGCUCAUCGCCAUGGCAACGACUGUUUAGAAAACAAAGAGAAAUAGUCGUGUUAGACCCUGCGGUAAAUUGACAGCGUAUAUCGAAAACAUGACGGUAUAGUCAUUCUCUGGAUAAAGGUGCUAGAACCCAUUCAAGUGCAAAUGGCGGAUGAUAAUUCGUGGGUGUUUGAUUCGUUGGUGUGCUUUUUGCACGGUCCCGUAUGGAAUGCUCCAUUGCAAACAUUUAUCGAAGAUAAAUCGAUUAUUUUCGAUCCUAACCUGCAGCCAGACGAAAACAAUCCCGAAUUUCGCAAGGUGCACGAUGAGUACAAGAAUCUGGUCGAUUAUAUGCUCGGUUCGUUCAUGGAGGAAAUGCAAAUAACGCCAGAACAGUUCGAGUUUGCCUGCCUGGAAGGACGCCAUGUGGCUAGCCUUGGUGCACCACGUGCCGCAUCCGCCGGUACAUCCGGUGAUGACCGUGCCGAUCAAUCCGGUGCCAACACGUUUUCGUUUCAUCAGGGUUUGUUUCAGCAAAUAUGGGCCGCAAAUGAUAUCCGCAUCUUCAUACGCAUGAUGGUGCAGCGUAACGUGGAGCUUCAGCUACAAGCGUUAGAUUUGAUUGAGCGACGCUCUCAGAGCAUGUCUAAGCGUGAUGAAAGCUCGGACGCUGAUGCACUGCCGGAAUUGCAGCUGAAUUUGGAUCAAGCACAAACCGAUCCGCCGGAGGAGGUUGAAAUCGAGCGGGAUAUUUUGAAAUCGGUCGAAAACGAGCUCAAUCCACCGGAACCGAAUUCAAGCGAAGGAGUUCUGCCGGAUAGACAAACUGUUUUAGAGAACACGUUGGACGGAGAGCUAUCGGCUGGAGAGAAAGAUAAGUUUCAGCGCCUAAAUUUGUUCUUCGACCAGGAGAAGAUCAAUAACGAAGACAUGAAAGCGCGUCAAGAUUAUUUACGCUCGCAGCGGGACAAAAUUUUGACCAUAAAAAAGCAGGCCCGCGCACGUCAGCUGAAUGAAACGAUUCGCAAAGCCGAACGACCAACUUCGGCACAGGUGGCACAAAAGUUUUUGGAUGGUGAAACCGAAUCGGUAUCGGUUGAACCACCGGAAGGAUCGCUUCAGUUGCGAAAGAUGCUUGCCCAGCGACUCCGAAACGAGGUGGCUAUCGAUAAGGAGUGAAUUAUGUAGCUUUAGGUUGCCGGCGGAAAAGGAUGAUGGCGUGUGGUGGCGGUGGUUGUAAUCAUCCCACGCUGCUCACGGUUAUCUUGGGUAAGAUCGAUAUCGAGCGAGUGUUGCAGUGAAUAAUACAUUUUAAAACAUAUCGUGAGCGUGUAAUGUGCAUAUACGUAUGUAGCGCUUUGUAAGUUCAGAGAUGGAUAGUAUGGAUAAAAAUAAGGUUGAUGUGGAUAAACCAACCGAUAGAGAAUUGAUGAGCUCGAUAGAACGGAAGUUGGCUGUUUGUGCCGUAAGGAUAACAAAAAAGGAAAUAAAACUAUCGUUUUCGAAGCUACAUUUAUUUUGUGAGUUAGGAUUUGACGUAAAACAGCUAUUUUUAAACAAAAAGAUUUGUAAAUGAAACAAAACCAAAAUCUAACAGCUACCCUAUGCUUUCACAUUGACUAGCGCCAUCUGUUGUAGAGUAGCAGCAGUAGCAAAAAUGAGCUAAAAUGUGUUCUGAUGUUUCAAACGAACUUCUCGUACAUUUGCAAGAAACAGUUAAUUUAUUUUAUUCUAUUUUUUUUUUAUUUCCCUAAGGACUGUCAGGCCAUACGUCUUAAAAACGUUAUGUUUACUUUGCUAAAGCUUUGUUGAGAGACAUUUCCUUUGCUCAACAAUGGAAUACAUCAUAUCCCGAGCGGGCUCGGUGAUAUAUCCCUAUAUUG